AUGCCUGCGCUGAUUGGAGAGUAUCUGGUAUCGUUCAAACCCGAAGUGGGUGUGCUUUCGUCCCCAGAUGCGUUCGUUUCCAAUGGUCUCCAGCGUAUUCCCCUUGCAGGUUAUGCCCAGCUCGAGCCGGGAGACGUUAUUGGAGUGUCUGCCGCGCUGCUACUACGGGUACCGGUGGAAACCCUGCAGGCGGCACCAUCUUCGAUUCCUACUGGCCCCAAAACAUCUACAUCACCACCUCGGGUCAACGCCGUUGGCCCCAAGCCCGGGACUCACCGCUCUCCGGACCCAGCCUCCGCCCCGCCUCCUCCGAAGCCGCCUCCACAAGAACUACUCGACCGCUUCUCUGAGGCACAUCGCCCCAGCUUCAUGCGCUUCUGGGCUAGGCUGCCCGCACACAUGCACGACAUCGCUUUCGAUCUACACAAUCCAGCAUGGACACCGGAGGCUAUUGAUCGUUUGGCCGACGCCCUUGUGGAGUAUUCUGACGUGUUCUCUACUUCGAAAACCGAUUUUGGUUCCUGCACCAUCAUGCCGUUCACGCUUUCUGUCCCAGCAGGGACGAAGCCCGUUGCAUCACGCCCGUAUCGUAUCAACCCGUUGAUGCAAAAGAAAGUGGAUGCCGUUUUGGACCAGUAUUUGGCGGCAGGGCUCAUUCAACAUUCCACAUUUCCUUGGGCUUCUCCUUUAGUUGUCAUCCCCAAGGAGGACGGAUCUGUUCGCAUCACCGUCAACUACAAACGUCUCAACGCUCUGGUGGAUUUGGAUGGACAACCUCUCCCUCGAGUGGACGGUAUCUUGGAUUCUCUGUACACCGGGAAAGUGUUCUCCAUCUUCGACCUCAACUCGGCUUUCCACCAGAUCGUUUGUGAUGAAGACGCUGUCCCGCUCACCGCCUUUUGCACUCCCACGCAGUUGUUCGAAUGGCUUCGGAUGCCGCAGGGCGCCAACGCAAGUCCGUCUUGGUUCGUCAAGGUCAUCAACAGAGUGGUGCACGGUCUGGAGCGUGUGCUUGCUUAUCUGGACGAUGUCAUCUGUUUCGAUGAGGAACCUCUGGGACACGUGCUAAACUUGAUCGAGUUCUUCAAACGACUGCGACAGUACAACCUCAAACUGUCUCCAGGGAAGGGUCGCGUCGGCGCCACGCACGCCAACUUUCUCGGUCACACCAUCUCUCUGGCCGGUGUUAGCCCUGAUGGCGUCAAGGUUAGGGCGCUCACGCACAUGCCGCCGCCGACGAAUGUUAAGCAGCUUCGGAGCCUUCUCGGUGGACUCAGUUACUACCGGAAAUUCCUCAAGAAUCUCGCCACCAAGGUGCGGCCUCUCAACUCUCUUCUCAAACAAGGCGUCCCCUUCAAGUACACCCCGGGCAUGGUCAAGGUUGUCAAAACGUUCCGUCCUCUUCGUUUGUGUUGCGACGCGUGUAUCGACGGUUUUGGCGCCGCCUUGGAACAAGAACAGCUCGAUAGCUCGGUGAGACCCAUCGUGUACAUCAGCCGCGCUACUCGUCGUGCGGAGCGCAACUGGACCGUUUUGGAUCUGGAGGCUGGUGGCAUUGUUUGGGCCAUCAAACGCCUUCGCGGUUAUCUGUGGUCGACCAAGUUCAUCAUCUAUUCGGACCACAAAGCCUUGGAGAGCAUUGGCAAGGUUGGGGAACACAACGCUAGGGUGCAACGAUGGCUCGAAUUCCUGUCCAACUUCACCUACACCCUGAAAUAUCGGAAAGGUUCGGCAAACGGCAACGCGGAUUUUCUUUCGCGGUUGCCUUUACCAGCACAAGACACGGACAAAACCGGCCCCGACUGCAUUGAUGGUGUCGAUCAAGCGGGUGUUUUCCUCAUUUGGGCUUGCGGGCGCAACUAUCACUCGUCGUCUACACCGGAGGGGCCUGGUACGGUCGUCGGCGUCGACUUCUUCGGACCUCUGCCAGUGACUGCCAAGGGCAACUCCUACAUUUUGUUGUUCACAGACCGUUUCAGUCGGAGAGCCGACAUGUUCGCAGUUACAGCGGCGGAAUUUACGGCGAGAGGGACGGCUCACAUCUUCGUCAACCAAUACAUGACCACGUGGGGAUGUCCGACUACGUUAUUGUCGGACAACGGACUGCAUUUCUGCUCGAAGCUCUCCAUGGCGAUCUACGAGGUGAUGAAGAUCAAGAAGGUCACCACCAGCUCCUACCACCCACAGACCAACGGCGGCACUGAACGCGUCAACCACACGAUGGCCCAGAUGCUUGCGGUGGUCGUCAACGAACAGCAAAACGAUUGGGACAUACAUCUCCCGCACGUUGAGUUUGCCUACAACAAUUCCGUGAACCAGUCUACUGGAUUAGCGCCAAACGAGAUCCACAUCGGACGCAUCCCGCGACUCCCGCUUUCGGUCUUCGAUCGUCCCACGGUAGGUGGUCAUCAAAGCUUGGCCCGCGAUCAACUCGAGUAUUGCAACCUGGCUGUCGAUCGCCAGCGCCGGGCCUACGAACUUGUCCGUGAGUACAACGCGCUGAAGAUUUCGCGAGUCGAACGCCGAAAUUCAUCCCUGCUGGACGCCAUCCACAAGCUCCCUCAGUUUCCCGUUGGCGGGUGGGCUUGGGUGUACAACACGGCUGCUACAAUUCGACAGGGUGUGCGGAAGGACACGGACCAACAGGUGCUCAAGGCCAAAUUCGCACUUUCCUGGACGGGACCUUACAAAGUUCUUGCGGUGGGUCCCACCUCUGCCGACGCCACUCCGGACGGCCGCCCGUUGGCGCAUAAACUCCUCUACCUGGACCUGCCUUCCGAUCUUUCCGGCCCGGCAGCUCGUUGUCGCGUAUCUGUCCUUCGUUGCAAGCCCUGUCGCAAUCCGUACGAGACGGACGACUUGCCGCAAUCUCUGCCCGCCGAGCUUUCGCGUUAUGUUCUGCACUCUUUCGGAGAUAAAUGUCCACCUUUCCACGUCACCGCGGAUGAUGUGUCGGUGCCUGUCGGGCGCCUCGAGGUCGACUACAUCUCGGGACAUCAACUGGUGCGGGGCCGUAGCGGCGUUCUCGCUGUCCUGUACCAGACGCAUUGGGUAGGCCUGACUACUCCUUCAUGGGAACGGGAAUCCGACCUUGAUCUAUUCCGUCGACACAUCCUCUUGUACUGGUCCCGGGAGGCCUGCCAAAGCAACCGGGCGGGAGCUAGCCCGGAAUCGUGGAGAACGCUAUUUGCCUCCUGGGGCUGA